UUUCUCUUAUAGGCAGAAUACUGCUACGAUCGAUCUAGUCCACCCCAUCGUCUUUCUAUUUUAAGAAUUAUAGACGAUAACGAGACGUAAAUGCGAAGAUAACUCCAAUGCUUAAUAUUCAACAGCUUUUGGGACGGUAGGACGGACUUGGCCUUUCAUGAUCUCGUUUGCUGUGACACGUCAGCAGUCAGCACGGUAAAGCAAAACCUCGUGUACAAUGCGCCGGCUCCCUCUUAAGAAUCGCCUAGACGAACGAAAUACGUGCGACAUAACCGCAAAUUAAAGACCUUCUCUUGCCCGGUUAUAGUCAAUCUGUAGGCUCUAAAGCCUCAAAUAUGUCGGCUCCUCAGAAGUCAUCAAGAUGGGGUUCCUUCUUGUCCCAGGCUGUCGCGGGCGUCGAGGCACGCUUGGAUAAUAUCCUCUCUGAAGAAGAAACGGCGAAGCAAGCAGCCUCGCAGCGACCGACAAGAACACCAUCGACCUCAUCUACCACACCGUCCGCUGCAAACGUGCCGCCACGAUCUACAACUCCUUCCAGAUCUGCCAAUGACAGAUUACAGGAGCGAUUAGCUCGGGCUGUUGCUGCGAGAAAUGCGUCCCAAAGGUCCGAUUCGCCUGCCAGACGAAGUACCGAAGUCACUUCACCGAUCCAAAGCCCCCGUGCUAGCUCCGACCUCCCUGCUGCGGCGCGUGCGGUACCAUCCCGACCAAGUAUCGAGAAGACCGAUACCGCGAAAGACGAUAAAGCGAUCAAAAUAUCUCCCCCUUCCACCCCAGGCGAAGGAGCACCCGUGAGACCGUCAACUCCGGCCAUCGAUGAGCUAAUUAAUGGAAGCGAUCGUGCUGCAAAGGCCGAAGAAGAAUCCCAGGCGGCCACGGUACAGCCUGAAGCAAUAGCUUAUCCCAGGCUAUCGGGGGCUGACCCGGUUUCAUCAACUUCCAUCCUAUACGAGCAACGCAUCGCGGACCUAGAGAAAUCUCUAGAAGAGACCCAGACUCAACAUCAAGAGGAACUGCAUAGUCAUGUGGAAAGGGUCGAUGCUUUAGAAGCUAAGUUGCAGUACUUAGCACGACAAGCUUCAGAUGCUGCGAGAAACGCUGCUACCGCCGCGCCGGCAGGUAGCCCGGAGAAAAAGAUGGCAGAAAAGGACCAGCAAAUUGCCCAGCUGAUGGAAGAAGGGCAAAAACUCGCGAAUACAGAGCAAAAGCACCGAAGUAUUAUUAAGAAACUCAGGGGUCAACUUGCUGUGGGCGAGAAAGAGCUGAAUGAGCAAAAGCUCUGGCGCCAAAAGACGGAGAACGAGCUUAGUGCGUUGCGCAAGAAGUUGAAUGAUCAGGGUGACGUAGAGAAGGUAAACUCGGAAUCUCAGAAGCUCAUAAGCCAAUUAAGGAGGGACCUAGAAGCAUUAAGAGGGGAUGUCUCUUCAAAAGACCGUACGAUAUCCGAGCUCAAAGAUCGACUUCAAGAAGAAUCUGAACGGGCGAAGACUAUGGCCGCCAAGGUGAAUGAUCAAGUACGAGAAGCAGGAGAGCAACGUGUAAAGGAACUAGAGGAUACUGUUGCAACCUUGGAAGUAGAGAAGAGCUUGCUAGCUGAUCGUGCUAAAUUACAAGCAACGGAAUUACAAGAAAAGGCCGACAGAGCAUCUGAACGGUUUAAGACCAUGGAGUUGGAACUUAAAGGAGAAGUCCAAAUUCUCGAAAGCAAAUUAGAGGCCCUCCGAAUACGAGCCGAAGAAGCCUCAACAGGUGCUGUCGGAGAUGCUCAAGCUAAGCUUCUCCGCCAGAUAGAAACCCUCCAGACACAAUACUCCAUCGCUAGUGAAAACUGGCAAGGUAUAGAAGCAUCUCUAAUCGCGAAGACCGCGGCCUUAGAGAAGGAGAGAGAUGAAGCGCUACGUCGCGAAUCAGAAAUGAGACGAAAAGCCCGAGAAAUGGUAAGUUACUCGCUUUCUCUAGGGUCACCACGACGACUAAUGGCAGAACCAGGCUUCUCGAGCCAAGCGUCAAGAAGAAGAAUUAGAAGAGGCGCGGACUCAACUUCCCAGUGUUCAACAAGAUUUAUCUUCAUAUCAGUCACAAUUUGAGUCGUUACGGAGACGGGCAGAGGAAGCUGAGGCUGCGUUAGCCGAAGCAAGAUCGGACUUUGAGCGACAACGAUCGGCCUGGAAAGAAGAAAAGGCUGAUCGAACAGACCAAGACCGACGGAACUGGUUAGAAGACGUCCCGACUUCUGCCUUCCGCAGUAUCAGUCG